AUGUCAUCCCCAUCGAACGAGUCUUUCUUGCAGUGGGACCCGGCCCAAGUGGCCAGCCACGUAAGAUCGGUGUUGUCGGAAGAACACAAAGGGUUGGCCGAAAGCUUUCUCCACCAUAAGAUCGAGGGCUCGCUCCUCCCCUUCAUCACCACGGAACACCUCAAGGAGCUCGGAAUUGCCCAGCUCCUGACCCGCUUGGCGGUCAAGAAGUCGUUCACCGACCUCAUCACUGCCCAUCACCAGAAGUACCCCCUCCAGUCCAUGAAUGACCCCGAGUACAAGCUCAACAACAUCAACAUCAACACCAACUACGUCAGCAUGGAGUCGUUGUCCCUUUCGUCUGUCCUCAUGCAAGACAUGUUCAAGAAGUUAGGCCAUCUCAUGCAGCAGCAGAUCCAGUCCAGUGAGCCAUCUCCAGUUUCUCCUAACCAGAACCUGUUGGAUAUCAAGCGGUUGAACGAAAACUUCAUUAAAUUGAAAACAGACUUGAUCCCGGUGAUCAGGCUACUCAAGGAUUCCAAGCCUUUACCCACACCCACCCUUGAUCCGGGAACAAGCUCGUCCAAUGUUGAUUCCCCCACCCUUUCCAUUCUGAGCUCGCAGUCCGAAUCGGCGGGCUCUUGGGCGGAUCCACUUUCUGACUUUGGAACCAUCACUUCCAACUCUACAUUUGCGCCACACCGUCAGAAUGUAUCCCGAAGUAACAGUGUUAGUAACAAUGGCGGGAACGUGAGCAAUAGAAGCUCCUAUAACCUUCCAAGUCCGACAUAUUCAAAGCGUUUCUCCUCAGGGUCUCAGUUUUCAUUAGGGACAGGUAAAAUAAUUCUGCAGUCAAUUCCUAAAAUCCACGAGACCAGAACCCAGGCUGAUUUCACUCUUCCUAAGAUAAUUCCCGAUAACUCCAAUAAAGACGGAGAAGCCUUAAGACCUAGACUUGUCGAAACUAAAUCGUCCAGCUCAACUACCACCAUCAAUACCCUUGGCAAUGUUCCCGGAACUCCAACCACCCCGACAAUGAACAACACGGCCCCCUCGCAACCAUCUAACGAGCCAUUGAAGCAAUUGCGUGCUUCUACGGAGGAUUCUUGUCUCAAGAUAUUGCAGCAGGCAAUGAAACGUCAUCAUAUCCCGCGAGAUGACUGGUCCAAGUACGUGUUGGUCAUCUGCUACGGAGACAAGGAAAGAAUCUUGAAGUUGGCGGAGAAGCCGGUGAUAAUCUUUAAAGAGUUACAGGAAUUGGGCAAACAUCCUGCCAUCAUGUUGCGACAAUUGGCCACAACUGCCACGACAGAAACAGGAUCGGACGAGCUAUACGAAGACUCCCGGAUAGGAGACGAUAUUCCUGGAGGAACAUUGUAA